UGAGUGCUCGUUCGAAACGGGCGCACAGAUGUGACCGAACCUAUCGCGGCAAACGGAUCGAGUCAGACGAAAAAGCCCAGUCCGCGCGCGCGAAGCACCUUUCCGUUGUUCCCUGGAACCGAACGACGCGUCCAAGAUGAAGAUUGGGUUUCUUCUCCUACUUUGCUCUAUUAUCGCCUGCGUCAAUAUCCAGCAUGUCGAGAGCAAGGGGAAGAAGGCGACGCAGUUGUCUCUUCAAAGUAAAGAAACGAAUGUGGUAAACUUCAUGAGAUUGCUGGUUAUGAGGCUAGUCUUUGGCGUGGCAUCUGCAAUGGGUCUCGGUGAAAACCUUUCCGGUGUUCUUGGAGGGAUUUUUGUACCACCCGGAGCUGACGACUACGAUUACGGUGACGACGACUAUGUGUCCGACUUGUUUUAACACCGAUGCGUAUCGGAUUUCAGAUAUUCUCGUUUCACGUUUGAAUUCAUUUGUUGCCAUGUCGAUCAGCGGUAAUCAACAUUAUUCUACAAUAACCCGCUCGAUCGACCAACGAAUCGAGUCACAGGUUUAAUAUGACAGAAUAAUGCAAGUCUAUUUCUUUGAAACAACUACGUUGAAACGACGUUGUAUUCGCUACGCGAGGACUAAGCGAAACACCCGUGUUGUUUAUAAUAGCGUGAAAGCAACAUUAGACCCGAGUAAACGAUCUUGAUUUCCAUAGAAACCAAUAUUGAUACACCAUUCGAAACUAGUAGUUUAUUUAUGUUUAUUUAUUUUUAUUUAUUUACACAUAUAAUGAUUAUGGUUGUACACUCGCGUACAGCAAGUGUGAAAGGAAUGUUUUCGGAGUAGAAAGUAAGUGUGAUGCUGAACGCGCAAUAUAAUAAUCGUUCAUUGUGAAUCGUCCAAGUGAAAAUCUGUAUCUUUCGCUUUGUGUGCAAAUCAAACAUGUACAUACUAUACUUUGUCGAGGAUAAGUGAAGAUGCAAAAAAAUGGGGUGGUUUGCGAUUCUUUUAUUUGUAGAUUUCUCUUCUACUAUACCAGGUUCGCCAACAGGAAAUUCCGACUGAUUCUCCUGACUGACCUUUACGCGUAGAAAUGAGCGCUAUCGAUUUACACAGUAAUGUUUCAGUCAAUACCGUUUCACUGCAAAAUGAGAUCAGAAGGGGGACUUGUUCAGAGUUGCCCACUUUACCGUUAUUCGUCAUAAUUUCGGUGGAGAUUCCGUAUUCGUGAAAUCUACGGUAAACGCGUCUAAUCCUGUAUGUUUCAUUUUUCCUCUCUUGAUUACGUCGAUGUCGAAAUCAUUCAUUUGCGUUAUUAUUUAGACAAGUGCCGGGUCAAAUAUAGGAAAUAUUUCAAGGAAUCUAGACACUCGUAUUAGAAUCUUUAGGAUGAAGCAAUUACAAUGACAUCAGAACUGCUGCGCUUCUACGCUGUUGAAGUAGAGCCGUCUUAUCAACAGCCGUUUCUGUCAGUGUUUUGACUAUUUCAAGCAACUGCUAGUAGAUAAGAUUGAUUUACUUGUAAAUAAUAUUCUACCGAUUAGCAUGCGACUAAAUUAAUACUCAAAGUAUUGAAACGUUCUUGCGUCGAAAAGCACUCGUAACUACUUACGACAAAUAUUCUGUUAUACAUAGCUUUUUGUACGUACCAAGGUUUCUCUGUAAUAAGAAUAUCAAUCAAAUCGAAUGCUUAGCCUAUCCUUCGCAUUUUUUCCAUCAUCCUUCCAAUUAUUUCAUAUUACAGCACGAACAUUUUUCCUUUGAUAUCGUAGAAAACCACAAAUAUUCCCCAUCGCCCGAAAGUUUACACGUUGCGGUAUGUCAUUGUCCCAUGUGACACGUAUGUAUGCAAGUAUGGUGUAAAAUAAAGUAAAGAAAGUAACGAUGAUAACCGAAUGAACCAAGUUAGAAUGAAUGUUAGCUAAUUUGAAAUUUGCGACUUGUCGACAUUUCAAUCAACAUGUAACAGAUUAACAUUGAUUUAUUUCGAUCUUUUCUCUUUUACAAAACAUGGAGCAAAGUGCUCGAGAAUUGUUCACUUUCAUCUAUAAUAGUUACGUCUCCGAAUGUAGAACAUGUAAACGCACUAAUGGUAGCUCGUGUUCUUCCCAUAAAAUUUCUGCUCGAAUAAAUAACCAAGAGAAUGAGAAGAA